AUGGAGGAUUCGCCUCUAGCUCUGGUGACAUACCUACCCUAUAGCUCCCCCCACUACCACCCUAUUUCCAACUGCAAAGACUAACACACUAAAACCUAGGCCCACUCGCACGCUUGCCAGGCCUCAAAAAUCCUCUCCUCGGCCCAACCCCCUUACCCUUCCGCCACUCUCCUCACUGCCGCAAAUUCCCACGCCCUAGCAGCGACCUCGUUUACGGCUGCUGCAAAGUUAACUAAAGACCCCGAAGCCUUACGCACCCUCGAGCUACUAACUAAAGAGCAUCAACGGUGGGAAGCUCAACUCCGACGGGACGCCGAGCAGCCGUCACAAAAGAUCAAGGACCAGGAAAAUCAUGGUGGGCUUGAUAUUGCCGUUGGAGUGGGAAGCUCGGGGGCUACCACUGAGCCACCGAAGGGUGGAGAAAAAGCCUUAACGAAGGAUCCACCCGCCCCCCCACCUUUGUUGCCAUUCGCGAAUACCAGUGGUGCGCCUUACCCGCCGAGGCUACAGAAGUCUACCUCGUCACUCGCAACGAAUUUAGCAUCUGCCCGUGGGAUCCAACUCCCCGGCUCGGCUAGAGUUCCCGGCACACCCUCACAGUCACCGAGUCGGCGGCGUACGGGCGAUCGGCCGCCAGCGAUAGAUGUACCGGCGAAACCGACAACGAACCCUCUAACAAUCCUACCCCCGGACGAACCCAAACGAAAGGACUCCGAGGAAGGGUUCAGCAAUUUCUACUCUUCGCUAAACACAUUCAUCUCACGGGUUGGCAGCCCGUUCGCUACAUCCCUAGCCUUCGCUGGUCUACCACUACUAAAUGGCGACGAGCCAGAUGAAGAAACCAACAGCGAAGCCUGCAAGAACGUCCUCCCAAAGAGCUGGGUGGAAAAGCACGGUCGCGGCCGAGGCCUUGAAAAAGGUUGGCCAUCCAACGACCCUAAUACGGUGGAGAGUUUCUACGUGGUCCCAGUGUCCGGCGGCACACUAUCCUACGCCGGCGUUGUCCGUCGCGACGCCUCACCAACCAAUCAAAACUCCCCGAUAGACGAUUUCGAAUCCCUCCCCCGAGACCUCUACUCCCGAGCCCUAUCCCCCCCACCUCCCUUAGCCCAGAACCAAAGGGACCCCGGCUUAACGGGCCACACAAAAACCAAAGAGGAACUCCAACUGGAAAACACGGGCCUCCGCCAAACGAUAGACCACAUGUCCCGCACCAUGCAGUCCUGGCAACGCAAAUCGCGGGAGAGCGAGAACAUGCUGAAAAACUCCCUCAUGGCCUUCUCCAAGACCAACAACCGCGACAACCCCGACGCCGGCAUCGACAUCCUCAACCAAGUCCAGCGCAAGUCCUGGCUGCACGUGCCCUACGACGAACCCGACGACGCCGAGUUCUCGGAGGGCCGUGCCGCCGCCGCCGCUGCUGCUGCUGCUGCCGUCGGCGGCGACAUGGAGUGGGACAAGGAGAGGGAGAAGAGCGAGGCGGAAGAGGAGGAGGAUCGCGAGGUGAGGAUCGCUACACUCGAGAGGGAACUAGCCGAGGCUAGGGGUGAGAAUGACAAGCUGGCCAAGGAGAACGAGAGGUUGGGGAAGAUCGUCGAGAAGUUUAGGACCAGGUGGGAGAAGCUGAAGGAGGGGGCAAGGAGUAAGAGGGCGCAUCCACCAGCCGGCGGCAGUGGGGGAAGUGGCGGGAGCAACGGGGGGCAAUUGAGCAGGGUCGAUGAGGCGGAGUAG